AGGGUGAACUCCCAAGAGAUUGUCAUCUACGGCUAUAACAGAAAUGAUAUGUUCGUGGCUGCAGGGGACUCCGGUGUGCUCGUCGUGGAUAGUCGGGAGCGCAUGGUGGGCGUCAUUCAUGCAGGACAUUCAUCAGGUCUUGCAGCGUAUGCUACCCCGGCCUGA